AUGCACAUCCGGCGCCUAAUAGAUCUAGCACGUUAUCCACGAAGACCUCCUCCUCCUCCUCUGCGGAUCAAGAAGUGGAGACCUGUCAGCUCCGCGAACGGCGAGUUUCCCUUCACCUCCUUGACCCCACAUCACUCCGAGCACACCAACCACCACCCCCGCUACCCCGACCACCUCCCAUUCUCUCAGGAAGAAAGGGUAAUCUUCGAAUAACUACUAUCCACAGUUUCAUUCUUCGCGGCGGAGACCAUCACCUACCCCCCAUUCUCCCCUCCAGGAGCGGCCGGCCACACCUACGCGCUAGAUCGGAAUCCUCUGCGGGAAUCCUUGAGCCGUCGUUCAUGAAGAAACUAGUGCACGAAAUACAAAAGUGGGUAGAAGAGGAGAGAAGCAAGAAAUGAGCCAUGGGUAGGUCUAGCGCGAAUAUGUGGUACGAAGUGGAGAGGGAAUUGGCGGCAUAGGUAUUGGCGGUUUUGGGCUCCAGCGGCGUAUCGUCUAUGGCUUGUUUUCUUGGAAUCUGCGCUCACGUGUUUGUUUCUUUCUUUGGCCCCUGUUCUUUCCUUUUCUCGGUAGUUAGGGGCUUGUAUCGUAGAUUGGCGCAGGGGGGCAUUGUUUUUUUCACUCCCCACUUACUCUUUUGCAUCCGCGUUGCGUUGCAUUGGUAUCACUGGUCACUCUCAUUCACUUAUUCAUCAUCCUAUGCCUCCUUUCCUUCCCGUCCCUUCUUCCAUAUGAUACUUUCUCAUUUGACUGUCGCACUGGUCUCAGGGUUCUUUUUUCUAUCAUAUUCAGUUUUCACUCUUCUUCCACAUCUACUCCAUUCCGUUCAUUUCUUAUAUCAGUGUUUGAUAGUUUGCUUAAUUACAUAUAGUGCGAAAAGUUGGACUUUU